UACCUAUGUGUCCUCGGUAGCUUUGUUUUGUCGAAUGUUUUUAUUUAUCUUAGCUUAGUUGCAGAAAACAAGUUGAGUAUUUGACAAUGGAUGCAUGUAAUGCGGUUGAAAGAGAAGUUGACAAAGUAUUAUCGAAGUUUGGAGGAAUCAAUGAGCAUGCUGAUCGUGUUUUGAGAGAAAUAACAGACAACUUAGAAGACCUAAAGAAAGAGUUUGCUGAAGGACCCGUAGAUUAUGAACUGACAACUGCGCAAAUUGUCAUUCUAAAGCAAACUCUGGAUAAAGUCCGAGAAACAGUUCAGCGACUGGCUACGGAUCACCGCGACCUGCACAGUACCGUCUCGAAAGUAGGGAAAGCAAUUGACAGAAACUUUGUUUCUGAUUUUGCUUCAACAAGCAGAGAUGAUGUGUUUAGCGGAUCGGAUAAAGUGCAGUUAUUAAAUCAAGUAAUUUGUCAGCAUUUCUAUCGACAAGGAAUGCUAGACAUUGCUGAAGAGCUGGCUAAGGAAGCUGGCUUAAAAGCUGAAGAUGGAGGCAAAGAACCAUUUUCAGAAUUGAACAGAAUAUUAGAUUCUUUAAAAGGUCAAGAUCUUCAACCUGCUUUAGAAUGGGCCCAAGCGCAUAGAGAAAGUUUGGAUGCACAGAAUUCAUCAUUGGAAUUCAAGUUACAUCGCCUCCGGUUUAUUGAUUUAAUCCAGAGGGGUCCAGGUGGACAGAAAGAUGCUAUACGAUAUGCAAGAACUCAUUUCCAACAAUUUGUAAAUCGACAUGAAAAAGAAAUCCAAAGCUUAAUGGGAAUGCUUCUGUAUCUGCCUCAUGGUAUUGAUAAAUCUCCAUAUAGCCAUCUGUUAGACCCAAAUAUGUGGGUCGAAAUAGCAGAUGUUUUCACAAGAGAUGCGUGUUCCCUGCUUGGUUUAAGUGUUGAUAGUCCAUUGACAGUAUGUGUGAAUGCUGGAUGUACAGCACUGCCAGCUCUACUCAACAUAAAGCAAGUUAUGCAGCAGAGACAGGUCACUGGGAUUUGGAAUGGAAAAGAUGAAUUACCUAUAGAGAUAGACUUGGGGCAAGAGAGUCGAUACCAUUCUGUGUUUGCGUGCCCUAUCUUAAGGCAACAGAGUACAGAAUCAAAUCCACCAAUGAGACUGAUAUGUGGACAUGUUAUUUCUCGUGAUGCCCUCAACAAGCUCAGCAAUGGAAACAAAUUGAAGUGUCCAUACUGUCCAGUGGAGCAGAAUCCGUCUGAUGCUCGACUUAUAUACUUUUAGAUAUUUUUGUGUGCAGUGCAUUGCAGCUGCCGAGUUUUGUAUCCCUUCUGAAGUGCAGUGCUGUUCAGAACAGCUUUGUAUUUUAUCAAGACAAAAAUAAGAACAAGUAACUGAUAUGUUCAAAUGUAGAUUUUAUAUUUUAACGCUGCACUGAUUAUUGUUUCUGAAAAUGUGAAUGUAGUGUAUGUAUAAUGUAAAUAAUAGAAAUGCAUAUAAUUUAUAUUUGUCCAAAUAUUAGUGUUGUGCAAUUGUGAAACCAAGCUAUCAUUGGACUUGGCAGUACCUCUUACUUCCUGUGAUAUGGAAUGUCAUAGUGUGAAAGGAAAUAAGCAAAAAAUAA